AUCGAACAAAGAUCAUUUCCGGUAGAUAAACAAUUGCCACAAUGGUUAUUAUUAAUUUUGAUUAAUUUCCGUUUCAGGAAAAGAAAAAUAAUGCACAUCGAUUAUUCCUACUUUCGUUAUCUUUCUGGCUGCAUGAUGACGCAGGUUACAGUAACAUAAUUCUUGAUGAAUUUAUAUCAUCCCUGUAGCGGCCAAAUGUGGAACUAUGAGGAAAAUUGAUUAAAUGGAUCGAAAGUGACUCUAGUAACUGAAAUUCAUGCAAACAUGGAUAAAAAUAGCUCUGCGCCUUCAGGUGCAUCAAGGUCAGGGUUCAGUGUGGACCCCAGAUUCAUCAAUUUACGUCCAGUAGGACAUGGCGGAAAUGCUGUCGUCUAUUCCGCCACUGACAGUGAAUGUGACAAAGAAGUUGCUAUUAAGAAAUUGAGUUUCUCUGAUCGCAGGGGAUGUAAAUACGCCUUACGAGAGUUACGUCUGAUGCGUAGACUUCAGCAUGAGAAUGUUGUAACAGUCUACGAAGUUCUUGGGUCAAAUGGUUUCAGUCUUGAAAAAGGCGGACAUAUUAACAUGAAUGAAACAAGUAGUGUGUACAUUGUGCAAGAAUUGUUACAUACAGAUCUCCACCAACUGAUACAGCAGGAGCAGCUUACCCAGGAACAUGUGCGCCUCUUCACGUACCAGCUGUUACGAGGGUUGAAAUAUAUCCAUUCUGCCAAUGUCUUGCACAGGGAUCUCAAGCCAAUGAACUUACUGAUCAACGUUGAAGAUCUAGUCCUCAAAAUUGCAGACUUUGGUCUUGCCAGAGUUCUUGAUGAAGAUUAUCCUCACAAGGGUUUUUUGACAGACAAUGUUGGUACAUGCUGGUACAGGUCCCCAGAACUGAUCAUUUCUCCUAGAGACUAUACUAAAGCCAUUGAUAUAUGGAGUGUAGGAUGUAUUCUGGCUGAAAUGCUUACUGGUAGACCUCUUUUUCCAGGUGCUCAUGAAAUGGAUCAGAUUGGUUUGAUCUUGGAUACAGUAUGCCUCAGUGACAACGAAUGGAACAAGGUCACACAGAUUCUGCCGCAAAGUUUCAUAAGGAGACACAGUCGGGUACCAAACAAACCCCUUGUGGACAGAUUUGUUAGUGUAGAUAUAGAUGCUCUUGAUUUACUUGAGAAGCUGUUGGUGUUUGAACCGUCACUGCGCCUGUCAGCAGAGGAUGCCCUAGCCCAUCCCUACCUACAACAGUUCAGCUGCAUAGAAGAUGAACCCAUUGUACUGACACCAUUUCAUAUUGAGCAUGAGGUGGAUGACCUCUCACCAAAGUCUGCAAGGCGUAUUAUUUCAAGGGAAAUGUCAAAAUCUAUUGAAACAUGUGGAACAAGAAUACAAAGAUCUUUCAAUACUGCUGAAACUCUUCAGGAGCCAUCUAGAACAGAUCCUCAACGAAUGCCAAAGUAUGGCGACAUCACAUUGUCUUUGUCUAAUGAAAAUAUACAUUCUGAUCAUGAGGUAGAUGCAGAAAGAAAUGACAGAGAGAAAGUAGAUGAAGAAGACAACAGUAGUGAGAAGGGGAAUCAGAAUUCAUCAGUGGGCCUGCUUAUAGAAGAUUUUAUAUCCAACAGCAUUGACAAUAGAAACACUGCUUACCCAUCUACAAGAGCAUUAGCUGCUAGCGGUGUAAGGAACAUAGAAUUCACUGAAAUAGAAGAGCCUUUGCUUAAUACUGCAGGGAGAGAUAAUAUUGAUCUCAUAUCAUCUCAUUUCAAUCAGGCAUUACAACUGGAAAAUCAGGUAAAAAAUCUCCUAGUAGUUGUAGAUAUACCAGAUGAAGAAAAUCUGAAAGAACAGAUUUCACCAAAGGAAAAUAAAGAUUGUGGCACUGAAAAAUCGAAAGAGGCUAAGGAGUUAGAAAAUGCAAGUGCUGAUAAAUUAGUAGUUAAAGUAGAUAACCAAAUUACAAGUUCUACACAGGUUGUGCCAAAAGCGAAAGACAUAUUAAAUAAUGAAAGGCGGUCCGAACCACCGAGAGCUAGUGCUGAUACAGAUUUUAUUGACUUUAUUAGACUAGAAAAGGAAAGGAUGAGACAGUUAGGACUCACUGAAAAAUUCAAAAAUGUAAGAAGGGAAAAGAAAAAGAAGAAACACAGAAGAAAUAAUCGCAGCAAUAGUAAUGAAGAAGGACAGGACUUCGACACUUUAUACAGACUUCCAACUGAGCAUUUAACUAGACACAGAAAUAGUAUUUGUGGGAAAGACAGAGGUGUGAGAACGGUAGAGGAACAACUGCGUCUUCAUGAGGAGCUAAAUGAAAGAAGAAAAAUGGCAGAGAUGGAGAAAGAACAUAAUAUUGGAGCAGUAGGUGGUUAUAUGGAGAUUGAAGAAAAUCUUAUUCAUGAACAUGGUAAUGUGAGCCCUGUUUCAGAGCACUCCAGGGACAGCAGUCCGACAAAUGAAGAUGUUAAUGUUCAACGUAGAUUUGAAAGAUAAUUAAAUGGACAUUAACUGAUAGGGUACAUAGCGUUACUUUCAAUUUGACACCAAUCAUGUUUAAACAAUAUAACAUGUGAUCCUUCUGCUAGUGUUACACAGAAAUCAAGAUAUGCCAAAAAUGAUUUCCCCCAGAGACCGUAAUAUGCCAUUUUGGUACAUACACAGAUCAGGGAUAAUUUUAUGUACACAUUUUGCCAGUCAUCAUUUGUCAAGGAUACAUUAAUCAAAUUUUUUGAAAGUAGACAUGUUGAAUAUUCUGGUUUCGGGUUGAUGACUGCCAACAAAAGCAAUGGUAUAAGUGCAUUUGGGUAUUCUUGUGUCUGUUGUCCAGCAGUAACAUUCUUCUUUAGAUAAAUUUUAUACUUGAAUUGUCUUUAAAGUCCUCACCAAACUUGUUUGGUCAAGUUCUUACUUCUCGAUUUCUACAAAUAAGGGGGCUCACAAGUCUGCAAAGAUGAAAGUGGGGAAAAAACCAACUAUCCAGGAACUGUCUGAUUGAUAUUUACCUGUUUUUUAUGCCCACAUAUGGACCUCUCUCUAAAGACAUUAAAUUUUUCAUAUUUUGAGAAAAUAAUUCUGGAACUUUUGUUUAAAUUAAAAAUGAACUUCAUUGACAUCAAAUUGGCUUCAUGGUGAAAAGUUCCAAUUUCAGACACCUGUCAAAAAAUUUAGAUAUGUAUGACAUUUUUCUCCAUUUUUGAGAAAGUCUGACUGAUAACUGGCAGUUUGGAUAUGAAUAUUUUUUAUUAACAAUUUCAUGUUAAAUCAUUUUGAUCCAAUGAAACACUGUUGUACUAAGAGGUUAGGAGUUUAUUUAACAAUUAGCAGCAAUUGUUUGGCAUCCAUUGUGUAAAUGCAAGAAUUUAUCUAACAUCAUCCAUUAUAUAGUGAUAAUGUGAAGACGAGACAGGUACAUUGUACAUUGUUUUUCACUGACAUUAUAUAGUGAUAAUGUGAAGACGAGACAGGUACAUUGUACAUUGUUUUUCACUGACAUUAUAUAGUGAUAAUAUGAAGACGAGACAGGUACAUUGUACAUUGUUUUUCACUGACAUCAUAUAGGAUCGUCAAUUUUCCAUGGAAGAUUAAAGUUUAAGAUACAGUUAAAUCUCUUAACCCUUACCCUGCUAAAUUUCUAUAAUGAACUUGUCCAUCUUUCAGUUUGGACAGUACCAUUAACUGUUAAAAGGGGUGCUUACGAAAAAGAUACUGACUGAAUGGCAAACAGUGCAGAUCUUGAUCAAUCUGUACAGAUGUGCAGGCUGAUCUUGAUCUACACUGGUCACAAUGGCAGAAUCAAUCAUGUCCAGCAUGAUAAGGUUUAUGAAGUUUUUUUAAAGAAUGGUAAGUUUAGCUAGUGAAAUCCACUUCAGGCUCUUUUAGAUAUUUGUAUCAGAUAACUUAUGAAUAAGCCCAUGGUAACAUCAAGUUCAAAUACUUCUAGCCUACUCCGUAUCUUUUAAACCACUAAAGGAUUUUCAUUAAGCUAGCAUCAGUUGUUUAACUCACCAAGACAACAUGCAGAACUCUCAAACCAUGUCACUAGGUCUAAGGUCAAGUAGACUGGGAAGUAAAAGUUCAAAAUAAUUGCUUUAUUUAAAACUUUACUGUAUUUUCAUUGAAGUACUCAUAAACGUUUACAUUCAUAAUACAAGGAGAAACCUGUAUGACUUUAGUAGCCAAGUACAAAGACAAGGUUACACUUGGUGGUCAAAGAAAUUAAGUCUCAUUGCUACAUAUCAUAAUAAUUGCUUGAAAGAUUUUAAAACUAACUUUUGUUGUUAACCUCAUCAACUUCAACAGAACAUACAACCCAGCUCACUAGUUCAAGGUCAUGGUUGGACUUGGAUGUCAGAUAUCAAAUAUUUUUUAUUUCAGACAGUUUGUUUUUCAGAUUACUACACAUAAAUGUUCACCAUCAUAAUAUAACCAGAAUUAUGCAUGACCAAGAGCAAUUCGUCCAUGGUCAGAGUCAUUUUGUGUCCACUUCAUAUCUUAAAAACUGCUGCUAGGAUUUUAAUCAAAUAAGCGCCAGUUCUAAACUAAAGACUAAGUGCAUAGUGCAACCUAAGGUCUCUAGGUUAAACACCAGGAUCACUUCAUUUUUUUCCUUCCCUGUAUGAAAGCUACAUGCAGGAAAUAUAAUCAUCUUCAGUGACAGUUUUAGUCUACCUUGGAGGUGUUAUUUGUUACAAGUAUGUGAGCUUCUACUUUCAGGAUGAGUAAUAUAUAAUUGAUUUUUAUGAAUAAACGUUUCCCAUGAGCAUUUGCAAACAAGUUGCAUUCCAAAGCUUAAAGCCACACCAAAGAAGCAUUAGUUGUACCAUUCCCAGUUUGUGUUAACGAAAACCACUUUUGAAGUAUGUGUCAUUUAGACUUGUGCAUACAUAUUAUAUUGUACAGAGCAGUUGUGCAAUAUAUUAUAAUUCUGCAUUUAAAAUGUAGUGUAGUUACAUAACUUUGAUGUAUAAAGAAGUGGCAUUCAUUGUUACAAAUUCCUGUCUUUUUUUUAAAAAAGUUCAGGUCCUAGGAUUUAACUGUAAUGUGAGAAAAUGUGUUGCUGCACAGACAUCUAAUGGAUAUGAUAAAAAUUGGAUCCUGCAGUAUAAUGAAAGCCAUACUGUUUGUUUCUACAUAUGAAAUUGAAUAUUAACACGGAUUUUUGCUUGGCAAUAGUCUUUGUUUUUUUUUUUUAUUUCGUAUUAAUAAUUUUCCUAAAUAUCAUCUUGAUCAAAUAAACAUGAUUUUGCUGAAAA